AUGGAGCGCACACCCCGGGCACAACAGUCUGAGGCUAAGGCCGAGGCAAUCGUACGGUCCUACUACAAGAGAAUUCAUAGGUUUGCUGUCGAAGCAUACCAACUUGCCGAAGCUAGAUCUAGCCGCAGCCUACUCGCACGUUCCGAAUACUGGUGUGGCCGUGGCUGCGGUGGUUUGCGCGAAUGGGACGCCGCUGUGAGCCACUUCACGUCUGCUGUGAACAUGGAUUUGUCAGACGUCUAUUUCAAGGGCUUGCCACGUCAGCAAAGAGGUCUACUGAAGACUGAGAGGGAGGAUGUCGACUUUCUACUCCAGAGCGUAGCACAACGUUACAAUGAAUGGAUUCUAAACGGAGGAGUGCACAAAACCGUCGAUGAUCAAGAAGCAAGCCCCAGCCCUACCGAGGUUGUUCGAGAACAGGCACUGAAGGGACCGCGUUGGAGGCCAUAUCAAGAACACUUGGACUAUCUGGCAGAGAAGCAGUGUAGUACGGAAGGGUCUUCCGACAGACAGCUUAGCCACCUUCGAUUGAGCGAACACGCAGGUGUUUCCUUGAAUGAGAAGGAUAUGGCAGCUGCUGAGGAAAGGCUGAGUCUGAAGGACGAUAAACAAGGGAUUCGAAAUACAUUUGACGCCAAUGAGUGGUACUAUGUCCUCCGCGGCCACAAGCACAUCAAGAAGCGUACGGAUCGCACCGAGCGUAACGUACCGUCAGAACCCGCUCCACCAACCCUCGUCGACCUCUGGCUCACCGAAAAGCACACCUUCGUACAUAGCAACGCAUGGCGCUGGACCGACACAGGAUUCCUCGUCCUAUUCAUCCUCCUCUUCCUUUUCAUAAUCGGCCUAGUCUGCCAAGACGCAGAUCUAACAGUCGAGCUAAUGGAGCUCAAAGAAGGCACAUAUGCAAAGCACAUAGGAGGCACAGUCAUGGCAUACUUUGAUGAAGGCAUCCGCAACGACAUAAUACAAACGUAUAUCAGGAACGGACUGACAGCUAGUAAAAGGAGAUUAAAGCGCGAAAUCACGGCUGAAUUGAUCGACGCAUACCGGAAACGACAGCGGAAAGAUGGUGCUGGGGGUGAUUCGCACGGCGCACGUCCUGUACCACGGGAUGGUGAGGAGGCCGGUGAAUAUGCUGAGCGCUUGAGGGAAUGGACAGAGGAGGAUUCACGGCGUGAGACGGAUGCGAGGGUGAGCCUUUGGUUGAGGAGGCCAACGGGGGAAACUGUUGGGUUGUCGAAAGAAGAGGCGAGGGUUAUUGCUCAAGCUGCUGGUGGUAGUACGUGA